AUGGAACCUGAUAGUGCGUUGAAGUCUGAAAAAACGGCUCGUUCCGAGUCGAUUCAGCUUGCCGAGUCACAAGCUUUUGAUGAAAAGUCAACGAAGAAGCUUUUGAGAAAAUUGGAUUGGCAUAUCAUUCCGUUCAUGAGCCUGAUCUAUUUACUAUGCUUCCUCGACCGUACGAACAUCGGCAAUGCCAGACUGGACCACCUGGAACAAGAUCUGAAACUACACGGUAUUCAGUACAACGAUUGCCUUGCAAUUCUGUUUCCAUUUUACAUCGCGGCCGAGAUUCCGAGCAACAUGAUGAUGAAGCGCUUCAGGCCAUCCAUAUGGCUGACGUUCAUAAUGGUUUGUUGGUCUGCGUCAAUGAUAGGUCAAGGAUUCGUCAAGGGCUACUCGGGACUCAUGGCCACGCGAGUCUUCCUCGGCAUCUUCGAAGGGGGGUUGUUCCCCGGAGUCAACUACUACAUCACGCAGUGGUACUGUAGACACGAAUGUGGCUUCCGGAUGGCUUUAUUCUUCUCCGCCGCAACGCUUGCCGGUGCUUUCGGUGGCAUACUUGCUCGCGGGAUUGCAGAGAUGCACGGCGUCGGCGGUCUUUCGGCCUGGAGCUGGAUAUUCAUAUUAGAGGGAAUACUAAGUAUUUUGGUGUCUUUCACGGCGUACUGGGCGAUCUAUGACUAUCCGGCAACGGCUCAGUUCCUUGAUGAGAAGGAGCGCUCCGAAGUCCAAAGACGGCUGCAAGAAGAUUCAGGUCACUUGUCAAACGAAUUCAACGUCAAAUAUGUGUGGCAGGCAAUCAAGGACUGGAAGAUUUACAUUCACAUGCUUAUUUGCAUGGCAGGCUUCUGUCCCAUUUACUCCUUCGCCCUCUUCUUGCCAACGAUUAUCAAGAACAUGGGUUACACAUCCAACAACGCACAGCUGAUGUCUGUACCGCCGUAUUGCUUUGCCUGUGUUUUUACUAUCGUUGCUAGCUGGUACGCCGAUAAGGUCAGGCAACGUGGAAUCUUUUUGUUGGGCUUCCAGCUGGUCGCCAUCCUAGGCUUCGGGCUAUUGGUUGGUACAAGCAAGUCCUCUGCGCAAUAUGCAGGGACUAUCUUCGCUGCAAUUGGAAUAUACCCUCAGAUCCCCCUUGGUCUUGCUUGGAACAGCAGCAACAUCGGAGGCAGUCUCAAGCGUGGUACAGGCAUAGCGAUGCAGGUUAUGGGAGGCAACUGCGGUGGCAUCAUUGCGUCUUACGUCUAUCUCAGCCGUGAUGGACCCCGAUACACCACGGGUCACAGCAUUCUCAUUGGCUUCGUCAGCAUGGCAUUCUUCUUGACACUUUUUAUGACCGUUUGGUGUCGGAAGGAAAACGCCCGCCGGGGUCUUGUUGCCAGCGGCGUAGGAGCGCAAGAGCUCACCGAGGAACAAAAGGCACUUGAGGCUGAGCUUGCUGAUAAUGUGCCAUGGUUUAGAUACACGGUCUGA